AUGGGUGAUACUAACAGCUCUACAGGACCACCUCCAAGUGCAAAUCCUGAUAGUCAACGAGAGCUGCUGAACACGAUUGACAAGCGUGUUACAUCAGAAGAGCAAGCUUUGCUAAAUGCCACAAUUUCUAGAGAUGAACUCACCGACGCGCUCAAGCACAUGAAAGCCAACUCGGCGCCCGGCAUGGAUGGCCUUCCAGCUGGCUUCUACCGCGUCGCGGGUAAGGACUUUGGGAAAUGCCUGAGUACAGUUUUCAAUUUUCAGCUGUCACGCGGUGAGCUCCUCCCUUUCCAACGCAAGUCAGCUGUGUGCAUGUUACACAAGAAAGGCCUCAGAGAUGAUCCUGGCAACUUCCGGCCAAUCUCACUCAUUGGCAUUGAUGUAAAAGCCCUGUCGAAGGUCCUGACCUAUCGCCUUCAAACCUUUCUUCCUCAGCUUAUACACGGUGAUCAGAAGACUUUCGUGCAAGGUCGGCCUAUUCAUCAUCACGUGCGCUUUAUGGCGGAUCUGCAGGAUCUCGUAACUGCUCGCAAAGAGGAAGCCUAUGCCAUGUUUAUUGACAUCGAGAAGGUGUACGACCGGGUCAACUGGGACUAUAUGUUCCAGGUGCUCGACCGCAUGGUCUGCGGUGGUGCGCUCACUGAUUAA